AGAGAUCCGAAGACACAGAAAUAAGAAGACAUUUUGCUUCAGAAAAGCUCUCCCGAGCUUAAAAAAAUUAUUGUCAAUGAUAGACAACAAUUCUAUAAUGGAUUGUUCAUCGAUCAACUCAAGCUUGAGACAUUGAUAUUCCCCGUCUAAUUAAUCAUUUUACCAUUUGAUGAACCCGCGAGUGUUCGAACUUAUCCAAACGAAAGUCAUAUUUUCUGGAUAUAUCCUUCCAAAUUUUCUUGCACAAAACGAGUGUUACAGAUGUUUGGUGUAUUCUUGAAAACAUGAAUACAAUGAAAAUAAGUUUCUUUUGUGCUCUGCAUUCACAGGAAGUUCUUCCUCUAACAUUGCCCAGAACGGGUACUUCUGCAAAUUCGUGAGAGGUUAAGGAUUCGAAAAUCUACGGAGGCAAUGAGUCUCAUUCUUUUGAAAGAAAGCUUAAGGAUUUGAACUCGAAACCUCAAAAGUAAAAAUAAGAAAAAAGCGAUUCAAGAAAAUCACUAAACCUUCUGUCUUUUUUUGAAAACAAGAAGAUACGAAAUUCAUCUGAAUAGAUGCAUUCUACUAUGAGCUUGGAUCGUAUCAUAAUCACUCAUAUCUUAACCGGCAAGCACUCUAGGUAUUUACUACUUCCAAAUAGGAACUCUUCCCUUAAUGGCACGCAUUUAAUGUUUGCUAUUUGCAUUUCUGUGCAAGUCAUAUUGAUCCCUCUCCUUGCAUCAAAUACAGAAUCCUCCAAAUAAGCUGGGUUUUCCCUCAAGCCCUUAACCUUUGAUACACUUCUUGAAAAGUUCAAACCAAUAAAGUUUUCAUGCCGAAAAGGGAAAGAAAAAACUUGUUCUUGAGGAAAAGAAGGGGCUAAGGAGUAACCACAGUUGUUGUAAAUGGUGGAUAAUGGCUCUGCCACUCGUCUCCCAACCCUCUGACUUGCCGUACGGGGAAACAAGUGAAGUAUAUGGAAACCCUGCAUUUAAGUGACGGAGGGCACAUUGAUCUUUUCCCCGUUUUGGAGAUGGAAUGCGGGAAGAUAAAUUGGACGAGAAAGAGAGCCAGAGUUGGUGUGCAAAACUGGAGCUGAAGGUUGUGAAGAAGAAGAUACCCUGCAAGAAGUUUUUUUCUUGUGAGUAAGAUGAAGGUGGCUACAUGAAGAACAACUUCAGGGUGGACGAGAAAUCACAUAGUCGUAAGCUGCAUAAGAGCAAAUUCUAGCCAGGAUGGCCCUGAAUGUGAUGUCCCCGGGAUUCGAAAUCGGAUGCAACCUAAAAUUUCAGCAGAGAUGGGAGUUCAGGAAUGGCGAAGACAACUCGUCAAGUGACGACAAGUCCAAUUCGAGCCACCAUCAGUGUCAGAGAAGAAUGAACUGGUCCAUGAUCAGAUCUCUCUAGGAGACAAUGAGUCCAGCUAUUCUAGGAGGCCUCAGGAGAAAGAACAAGCGGCAUGCCCUGAUGGAACAGAUCAGGCUGGUGAGAAAACCAAGAAGGUGAAAACUAGGAGUAAGAAGGAUAACUCAGUAAAGGAAACAAAGAAGAGGCAAGCCAGCACCGGAGCCGGUACUAAGAAGCGAAAAGGAAUUGCUUAUGAUCCUUCCAUUAUGAAAGAGCUUGGAGUUUUCACGAAGUCUGUAGUGCAGGAGCUCGAAGAUGAAAGGAUAAAAAUGGUUGCGUGGAUGAGGGAGGAAAUCGACAAGAUGGUGUCUGGAGACGCUUCAGCGCCCGUGUUGAGGAAAGACGGCACUUGCAGUGGAGACAAGACCGAACCAGCACUGCGCCAUGAACAUGUGGAGAACGAUCAGGCCCGGCAUGGGAAGAGCUCUGCAAAGGGUGUCGUCCUGGCUCUUCAAAGUGAAAGGCUUAAGAGUCGGACGAACCGAGGACGAAACAAAAGAGAGGAAUUGCAAUUGCAGCAUCAGAACAGCAUUGAGGAGAACGUGAAGAUGAGGGAUCGGACUCGUGCCAACGAUGAUGCCAGAGCACAGAAGCUGAAGCCAGGCAAGAAAAGGCAAAGCAAGGGCAGGGAUUCCGCGCAACCAGCCAAAAGGAAAAAGGCGUCGGAUCCCACUACUUGUCCUAGGCCCGCUGAAAAUCACGUAAGCAAUGGUCACGGUUCGAAAUCGAUGACAAACGACAGAGAAGUCCCAGAAACUAAUGAACCGUUACAAUCUACCGAUCCCUUGAAGAGCAAUCUCCAACUCCUGCCGACCAAGCUUGACCUGAGCAAGGGUGCUCUGGAUUGGAACAUUGGGUUCCUGGAAAGACCCUUAGCAAGCAAAAUCACAUCCGACUCAAGCAAUCGCCAGGUGACUCCAAACAAUCAAGCUAAUUGCAGGAUGUUCGAGAAGGAGAACGGGCAAAACUCAGGUUUCCUUUCGCAGAUCAGCAGCUUGUCCGAUCACUCGAAUCCUACAGGUUCCCCGAAAUGCUCAAUGUUCCCUACCAUCUCGAAAGCCGAUGCUUUGAGCGAAAACUGCCUGCACAGGAUCAAUCCUGUCCAGUCGAGAUUCUCUCAAAGAGAGACUCUGAAUCCAGCAGGAAGGCUCGGGAGCCUCGCUCAGGCAUGUCCUAGAAAAGAAGGCUCUUUGAACCGCGGCGGUGCCUCGGAACCAACCGCACAGGCCAGGCUUCCCACGACACUCUAUCAGGGCAUGGACGCAAGCUUCAGCAACGACCAGCCUUCGAGUUUGGAGAACUUGCUCCGAGCGAACGAGAGCACGCUAGGACUGAGACUGAGCGGCGGAGCAAUGUGGAACAACAGGCACAGUCUUUCAGACUACCACGUUCCUAACAGCUUCCUCAGCCUCAUGCGUCCUAGCUUCGACGGUCGGCUCGCCACAUUUCAGAGCCCAGAUCCUAAAAAAGGUUGUUGAUUCCCACGAUGGAAUCUGUUCUUUCGUGAAGCAGAAGUAUUGAUGAAUGACUCCAAUCUACAAGCCAGAGAUGCCUCGUCUGCUGCUUUUCUUUCCAAAAAUUUUACCAUCAAUUGACUUGCCUUGAUAUAUCUAGA